GGGAACUGCAGGAGGGAUGUGAGGGGUGUCUAUUUUUGGGUGUUUUUGCUUAGCAUGCACCCUAUCGCCUUUGCUAGGCUAGAACGGGGGGAAAAAGGAAAAAAGUUUCUUUAUGCAACAAUACAAUAUUGUUGUCAUGCAUUGGUUGUGUAUCUGUAACAGUGCUUUAUCACUGCUGUAGCUGAGCUGGUCAUCCCUAGCCUUGUCUUUCCUUGCAGCUGAUACAGUUCCUGUCUAACAACCAGCGUACCUCUCUUUCAGCUGCUCUCUCAUUUGACUCGCCUAACGAUGGCCCUCGCUAACGGCAGCAGUGUCACUUCUUGGUCCCCAUCUGACUUGCACAAUAGAGUGCAAGUGUGGCAUUUUGAAAGGCACUUGUCCAAAAGGAUGUCAAAACAUCAGCUGGUUUCUAAAUGAUUCAGAUGUUUUUUUUGGGAUGGGGGAAGGGGGAAAUGGGACAAUCUGCUUUUGAUCUACAGAAAGACAUUUAUGGGUCAAAAGUUGUGGGUUGUUUAGCUUGUGUUCUCAGGAACAGUGAUCUAUCUCCCUUUUCUCUCUCAGAGGUUAAUUAUUUGGUGUUGCUGUGAUUCCUGUGGAGCCUUAACAGAGUGUGAGCUCUCACCUUGCUCCACGCUACACGCAGAGCAAAAAGACAGCCCUUGCUUGAAGGAACUCCCAGUCUAGAUCUAGGAAAGAGGCAGUGUGUGCGAGUGGCAGUGGGAGCAUGGGGAGAGCCAGCGCUGAUCAGCAGUUACGCUACUGCUUGGUAGUGAGCCUAAAGAAAAAACAAGCUCUUUUGUUCCUAGGCCUUGUGCCGGAAGAGGGUUAGGGGUGGAUGUGGAAGGUGACUGGAAAGCUACAGGCUUCAAGCUUUCACUUUGAGUCUGUUUCCUUAUCUGUAGCAAGUUCUGAGUAUAAUUGAAGCACUCCAACCUUCUCAAGAAGAUGCUUAGGUGCGCUGUGUGCAUUCGGCGUUUCCUUAGGUAACCCAUCCAGGGCUCAAUGACCUUAAUGGUUAAAAGCGUUUCCUGCUAGUAACCACUGAAAAUUGAAGUUUACUGCAGUUAAAAGCCACUUCUGCUUGCUGUGGAUGUAGAAGAAGGGAAUAAAUGUUUACCUCUUUCUUUACAGAAUGGACAACUGUUGCCAUUUUUUUCUUCCCUGUUGUUAAGCCUUUCCAUUUUUCAGACUUUAUCAUUUUUCUUUAGACUCCUAACCAUUCAUGUAGCUCUCUUAAAGAGACCCCAGAUGUUUAAUUUUCAAGUGUGGUCCUAAAAAUCAGCCUUUUAUCACUACUGCAGCUGAGACAUUUGUUCCUAGUCCUGUAUUUCCCUGCAACUCGUAGCCCCUGUUAAAGAGCUAGAGUGCAUAACUUAUUGAGUUAUGCUGCACCUUUUCGUAUUGCUUCUGAAGACUACUCUAAGUUCUAAUCCUAUCCUUUUGUGCUGUUUGAAUAAGGAGGUAGCUGCAUAAAUGUCUAUAGGAGCGGUGUUGCAUGGAGCAGGUGCUUGUCCUUGCAUUGAACAAGUAGGUGAUGGGGUCUGGUGUCCUGGGGUAAGAUGAUGUAGAAUGCCAAAAUGACCCUUUAGAGGGGCCUGAGAGUCACAGGAUGAAGCCAGGAAUACUGGCCUUAAAUAAUAUUCUUUAUGGGUUGUAUCUUCUCUUAAUGGCUGGGUUUGUCUAGUGUAGUGUGUCUACUCCCUUUCUCUUUCUGAAUGCAGACACUCAUACUGUCCUACAUGCAUAUCUUCUUCCAUAUUUAAUUAUUAAGCAGGUAUUUAAUAAUUCUGGCAUGCUGUGAUAAUUCAGAUAUUACUGUGGUGAAAUUAACUUGUUAAAUUGGUGAACAUUUUUCAUGCAUAGCCUUUCCUUAUUCAGCUACUUUAAUGGCUUCUAUUUAUUGGCUCAUACGUAAACACUGAAAGGCUCUAAGCACACUGAUCUGAGGUGGUUGAAUGUUCAGCUUCUCGCUAGUAAUGGCAUUUUUCAUCUUAACUGCCAAAUGCAGAUUUCAGGCUUAUGGUGACUAAUUACAUGUAGAUGUAGGGGAACAUAUUGAGAAAUAAACAUUGGUUUUAAUCAAGUAUACAGGUUACUUUUCUUUGUUACUUAGGCUUGCAUACAUGACUAAUUGGGCACUUGCCGUGGAAAUUAUCCCACUGGUAACUAGGUAGUGCAGUUUGAACCUGAAGAGGGGACGCGCCUUCCUGCUGUGUUAGCUUGUAGGCAAUGGCCCUGAGCUGUGUGUGAUGGGAGAGAAGAUAUGCUGCCUUGGGCACCCUGGGAGCCCUUGCAGGAGUCUCUGGGAGAGGUGUGAGGCUGUGCCAACAGAGGAGAUGCGAAGUCUGGAGCAGAAAAUGUGUGCUUGCCCCUUGCAUCUCUCUCAGACCAGGAAGAAGACAGGCAGGGAUUACAGGGAGCACCCCAGUGAGUGUAGGCACAAGGCUUCUCGGCAAAAGUCCUCUUCUCCUAUAGGAGAAGUUGGGGACCAACAACUGAACAGACCUUUGCACAGGGAGGAGGAUCUAGAGGAAAGCACUCAGCUCUGAGGAGAGACCUAGGCUUUUUCUUUGUGUAUCUAGCUGGGAGGGAAUGGUGAAUGCCAGUGAAGCUGCCUCUCCUCUUAGGGAAAAGUGUUCACUGGUUCCUCAGGCUGCACUAAUGAGAGGGUUUUUAAUUUGUUCCCUAGGGCUCUUACCUAUUGCUUUGUCAUUAAGACCCCUGUCAUCAUUUUUUGCAGGUUUCACAUAAACUGUUUACCAGUCAUGCCUCUGCAUGUCCCGUACCUAAGCUGAUAAAGCACCUAUGCACUUUAAUCUCAAGUCUAUGCCAGUCUUCUAGUACAGUGUGAGCUGUGCCUUGAACCUUGGAUAUAAAGACCUACCAGCCAAAGUCUUGUUCCUGCCUUAGUAAUGUUCCAGAGGUUAAAUAACAUGCUCAUGGGAGAGAUUAAUAGCUUGUCCAGCCAAGAGCCAGAGUUCAGUGAGAAAGAAGACGACGAGUGGAUUCUGGUUGACUUUAUAGACACUUGCACUAAUUGCUCCACGGAGGAAGCGGACAUCACUGAAGUAUCAGCCACCGAUGGCUCGCCUGUCUUCUCUUGUUUACCGUCUCCCUUGGAACACUUGCCAGAGGCUAGCGAGUCUUGCUUCAUCCAGUUUGAGUCAUGUCCCAUGGAGGAGAGCUGGUUUAUCACCCCUCCCCCAUGUUUUACUGCAGGUGGAUUAACCACUAUCAAAGUGGAAACUAGUCCGAUGGAGAACCUCCUAAUAGAGCAUCCCAGCAUGUCUGUGUAUGCUGUCCACAAUACCUGUCACAGCCUUAACGAGACUGGGUGUGGAGAUGAGGAGUUUCACAGCCCAGGUAGUCCCAGACUGGAGGCCCAAAAUGAAACAGGACAGCGUGUUCACUGCUACAUCACAGCUCUUGCUACUCAUUCAACUUUUCUGGAAAAAAACAAGAGCUUUCGUCCUACUCACUGGAUAAAAGAACAUAAUGGAAGACACUAUCUCAACAGAAACGGUUUCCGUCGCCAAAACCUCACCAGGGAUUGCCACUCUCGGCAAAUCAAGCACAAUGGACUGUUUGUUCACCAGCCUUGCCAGCGUCAGUUCAAUUACUGAUGGCUCUCGUGGUUUUAAUCUAUGGUCUAAUUGUUUUUACGUUGCUUUUGUUUUUAUGCAUAGGUAAGUGUGGUCAAUCUGAAGCUGAUCAUCAAUCCCUCAAACACAAUCGUAACUAGUGUUGCAUUCUUUUGAAACGACACAUAAAUCUCUGAACAUCUUGCAGCAAGUCCUAAACGUUGAUGUUAAAUGUCAAUGUCUUGGAAGCCUAUCAGUGUGAUAGUUUGUGUGCUGUUUUAUAAACUAUGAUGUAUAGAUGGGUUCUUAAAUGGUAUUUUAAAGAAACUUAACUGAGAUGGAAAUCAGUUACGUUUUGCGUUAAUCAAAGUGGAGUUAGAAAAUUUGAGGUUAGCCCUAUGCUUUAAAGACCAGUACUUGACAGCUUGUGUAUCUGUCUGUAAUCAGCAUAUAUGAUUAUUUUCUAACAAGGAAAUACUAUAGCUGCCAGUGGAUAUUACAUAGUUACUCUGAACUGUUACAAGAAGGACAUCUAAUCUAAAUUGCCUAGUACCUGCUUGUGUAAGUGGAGUCUGUGUAGGUGUGUUAGGUACUUAAUAUGGGUGUCAGUAAAGGGUUAAAUGUCCCCCAAAUAUUGUUGCAGUAUGAUACGGCACUGGUGUUACAGAUAUAGUACCUCAGUGGAAUGGAAGGAAAAGUGUACCUAUGGGUUAAGUGCAGAUGCACAACCCAGAGAGCUGAACUGGGUUUUACUUGGUACAGCUCAAGUUCUUACUCCUUUCUCUUUCUUUUGGUCUUCGAAAGGUAUAUUUCGCCUACCCUAUUUCAUUUAAUCUCUAGUUAAAGGAAAAAAUGGUGGAUUGAUGGUUCUUUUAAUCCCAUCAGUAGCUGACUGCUCUUUAAAGAAGUCAGGCUGAUGGAUGGUUAUUUCUGAGCUGCUAAUUGCUGUUAGAUAGUCUCAUAUUUACAGAUUGAGAGUAGCUCAAAAGUAGCUAGAAGGAAGGUUUUAGCAGUUCUCCUAAUUUUCUCUCUCUUACUCUGAAAAUGAAGUCUGAGUUAAUUGUGACUGGAAAUGAAGGGCAGUGUGUGGCAGGGAGAAGAGUAUGCUGAAAAACAGUCUUACAGAACUAAACACAGUGAUAACAGGGUGCAUAAAAAUUGAGAUAGAUUGGCAGUGGUUGUUCUCUUAGCCCAUUUGGGGCAGAAGGACUGGAUAGCACUUCUGUGGGCCAACAGGAAAGAAAAGCCAUUCAAAACUAACAAGUGGCUUUCUUAAGAACACUGUGCAAGAUGUUUUGGAAGUUGGCAGGCACUUAAAAAAAAAAGCAAAGUUCACCUGUUAACAAAAGAGUGUAUUACACAGCAGCCACGUGCCAUGCUGAACCCCAACAGAUCAAUCUGGGAAGCAGAUUAAAUGGCUUUGGAAGUGUGGAAGCAGAACUCUGCACUGAAAGAAGAGGGGAAUGUAAGUAAGGUUAUCCCUCCUUUCUGUCACUGCUUAAUGUGACUUACUGUUUUGGUUUUUUUUUUUCCUUCUGUUUAGUGCCUAGGGCAUUAAAGUAUUAACAUUACAUUCAGCCAUGUCUUCCAGUAGUCCUUAUACAGAAGUUAGUAUAAGGAGUCGUGUGAGGAGUCUUUUGAAAUUAGGCAAGAUCAAUAAUGUGAAUUAUUCCAGACCUAUGAAGUAUUUUAAAUUCAGCAAAAUGCCUCAAUUUCACUGAAGCAAAAACCCAACUAUUUGGAUUAACCUUGAUGUAGUGGUAACAUUGCACAUUCUGGAGCUGGAAUUGUUGUGGCACACACUUAGAGGUUAUAAAUGUUGUUCCCCAUACACUGUUUCACUGCAGAUGUCCUGCUUUACUGGGAUUAGUUAGGUUUGUUGCAAAGGGAUAUUGACAAAUGGUUAAAUGUACAAAAGCAAUAGGUGCUUUCCUGGAUAUACUAGUCUCUUUUUUUUUUAAAGACACAUUAAACUCACAUGGACAGUGAAAGAAAAUAGAACUGGUCAUGUCAUGAAUUUCCAAAACAGAUUUGUUAGUACUUUUUUCAGCAGUAUGUGCCCAUGUCCAUACAACAAUUCUUUUGUGGUCCACAUACUCUGGUUUAUCUGCAAAUAGCUGUAGCUUCACCAGUCUCUCAUCUGUUCACAGGUACUCUUACUUGCCUCAGAUUAUCCACCUUUAUCACUCCAACUUUUUUUGCCCCGCUUAAACUUCCUUUUCCUCACUGCCAACUUUCUAGCUCAGGAAAACUCUUUGCUUUCCUUUAUUAUUUUUCUUUAUAUGAAAGUAACUACUUUCCUUCAGCUUUAAUUUUCUUAAAGUGAAAUGAAGGAAGAUGGAGUCUCCACCUCCCUGUGUCAGGAGUAAGUAAUCCUUUAACUCUUAACAGGGAGACGGAGUUGCAAGUAUAAGGCUCCCAGGCAUUACAAUGAGAGCCUUGGUCUGUUCUUCUCAGUAGGCAAGUAAAUGCAACUUUAGACUGCUCCUAGAAUUGGGAGAUACUGAUCAUCUUAUACUACAUUACUAGAUGACUUUCUGGUGAUGAAAACCUAUAUCUUUCAGGAUAUAAACUGUUUUGUUGCACAAAGCUGUGCUUCUCAAUUUGUAAUAUUGGAAACCAUAUUAUUGUGUGAGAUAGUACUGCAUCAAUGGCUUUUUGUUAAUUUGUUUUAUAUAUUUAUGUUGAUCUAGCCCUGUUUUGUGCCUGGAGCUAUUGGGCGAUUAGAUUUGUUUUGGUUUUCUGUUUUAAUAGUGAGCUAUGUGGCUUUUUAUAUGGUUUUUGAAUUGUAUUAAAGUGUGUGUGGUUUUUUUCUUGUAAAAGUGGAGGCCUUGCACUGUCUCAUACUGAUUGAUAUUCAUGAAUCUUGCUGAAACUAUUUUCAUAUGUAUUAGUCAAUAGACAGACUUGCAUUUUAAACUGUGCCUUCUACACAGCAAACUUGAAGAUUCAAAAGGGACAUUUCAGUUAGGAUUAAUACUGUACAUCAGUCUAUGCAUAUAUGGCAGCUUCUCUCCAGAGCCACUUCUAUUUGUAGCAGUCCUUUGGAUAUGGAAGAAUGUCCUGGCUCUUACUUUUAAUAGUUUAACACAAGCUGAAAAACAACAAAAUACAGCACUUUGCCAAAAAGUAGCAUUGCUUAACCAGUGUGUAUUUACUAAAACAAUCUUCUGUAUUUUGUUUUCAUAGUGCGUUCUGCACACCAUGGGGAGACAUGCUUUUAACUCUCAAUAAAAAAUGGCCUAUUGAAAA